AUGGCUGCUGCUCCGCCUGAAAAAUCUCCCAAGCCUGGUCUCAAUAUCUAUGGUAUUGCGGCCGUGAACCCGUACAAGCUGACCAUCGCCGCGGAGGAGCUUGGUGUUCCAUACAACUAUAUCAGCCUGGAUCUCGCGGCUGGCGAGACACGGACUGAAUGGUACACGGCAAUCAACCCGAACGGGCGCCUGCCUGCAAUCGUGCACGUCAAGGAGGAUGGUACUUCUGUAUCCGUCUUUGAAAGCGCUGCCUGUUUGCUGUAUAUCGCUAGUGAGUUCGACAAGGAGCACAAAAUCUCGUAUCCACAUGGGACUGAGGGUUACUGGGCGCAGCUGUCAUGGCUUUCAUGGCAGGUCGCUGGCUAUGGCCCCAUGAUGGGUCAAGCAUGUCACUUCAACCGAUACGCUGCUGAGCCAGUGCCAUACGGCGCCUGGCGCUACACGGCUGAGUCUCGACGGCUUAAUCAAGUAUUGAACGACUUGCUGUCCAGCCAUCCCUUUGUUGCCGGUGACCGCCUGACGGUUGCGGACAUCGCAAUAUUUGUAUUCGCGCACUCUGCUAAAUGGUGUGGCGUGGACAUCGCCGAGUUUCCUCAUGUGAAGGAGUGGCACGACAAACUGGCCCAGCGACCUGCCUUCGUCAAGGGACUGCGAUCGCCUACGCCGUUCCCAUUCAGUGACGGGGCCGUGACAAAUCCCGAUGCACAGGAUUAUUACAAGGCCAUACGGAAAAUGGGCGGCCAGAUGAUAAAAAUGACAUCGGAUCAGUGGAAGGGCGAUGUCCCAGCGGUCCCUUCUGACCAUGCCAACUAUCCUUAG